AGAUGUCCUACCGACGAAUUCAGUAAAUUCAAUUAUUGAUUUCAUUUUCAUUCUGUUUUGAAGUCUUGUGAAAAUGAAAAAUAUUUUGGAGACUCUUAUAAACGCAUCGGAGAAGGCAGCGUGUGUUGCUCGAUCCUGUUGUGCUGGUUCUAAGAAUGAAGUAUUAUUAGUGGCAGAAAAGUUUGAUGGCGACGCCAACGCCCGUUUCGAGAGAGAUUUCAAAACUAUCGCAGAUGUUUUGGCUCAGGAAGCUGCUAAAACUGAGAUAGCGAGGCAUUUCCCAGAACUUGCAGAGCAUGUAAGAGGCGAAGAGUGUUCCGAGAUUGGUGGAGUAAGAAUUGAAUUGCGCGAAAAUAUUGAAGGGACCACAGAUCUUCUGCAGUAUUUGGUAGCUCCCGCUGUCGCAAAACGAAUGGCUGAAGCGGCUCAUCGCGACACAGAGCAUAUAUUUUGUGAUAACUUACCAAAUAUUCCAGAGAUUGAUACAUCUGAUGUGGGAAUUUGGAUUGAUCCUAUUGAUGCUACUGCCGAGUUUAUAGCUGGAGUACAGGGCCGUGCUGAUGCAGAUCGAGGUCUUCCAUGUGUCACAGUUCUCAUAGGCGCCUAUUUAAGGUCCACAGGAGAACCCAUUAUUGGAGUUAUUAAUCAACCAUUUUAUAAUAACGGCAAGGGACGAGUAGUAUGGGGCUUAAACUAUAAAGGAAGCCGUGAAUCUGGUGGUAAUGACAUUCCAGAUACCAAUGAAAGUAAUAUCAUUCUGAUCAGUUCUGCUGAGAAGCCAGAAGUUGCUGAUAAAUUCAAGCAGGCUGGGUGGGAAGUCAAGUCAGCACCUGGAGCUGGACACAAACUUCUUAAAGUUGCUAUAGGUGAAGCUACAGCGUACAUCAUGUCACAAGGAACAACUUUCCGCUGGGACACUUGUGCCCCCCACUCUAUCCUCCGAGCUAAGGGUGGGGACCUACUCAGCUUUUCAACUAACGGUCCCAUCACUUAUAACGAUGAAAUGCACAUGGAGCCACAACACUAUAGCAACAAAGAUGGCAUCAUUGCCUUCACUGAUGUGGCAACAUUAGAAAAAAUUAAGCAAAUUCUUAAAAAUUAAAUUUUCUAUAAAAAAAAUAUUUAAAGUUAAAACCAUCCCUCCCUGUGAUUCCACAUCUAGUUCGAGUAGAAAAAAAAGUAUCUAUUUUUAGGAUUAGUAUUAUAAUGUUAGCUCCUGUGUCAUGUGUAGGGCUGACCAAAAUUUGAAACAAUAAAAUUGAUGCUACCUUUUUGUUUAAGUGGUAGUUGUCAAUUUUAGUAUGUAUGCAAUGGAAUUGGCGUCAUAAAAUGACUUUAAUAAAGUAUUCAGAUAAUAACUAAACUAGAAUAAGAACUAGUGUUGUCAUUCAUGUUUUAAGUAUUACAGUUUAAUUCUACGAGCAGAUUUAUAACGAAAUAUUGUUCAAAUGUAUUAGGUGUUAAUCUUUUUCGAAUAUUUAUCUAAAGAUUUUGAAAACCAAUGUUUUGAAUGUGUAUUGAAUAAUAUGUUU